AAGAAAUCCCUAGCUACGCACAUCAAGAUCCAAUCCUUCCGCUGCUCCAUGGCCGACGCGAGCGACGCUGACGUGUGCGCCAUCUGCCUCGGCGGCAUGGUUCGCGGCCAGGCGGGCUUCACGGCGGAGUGCUCCCACGCCUUCCACCUCAACUGCAUCUCCGCCAGCGUCGCGCACGGCAACCACGACUGCCCGCUCUGCAAGGCGCCGUGGACCGUCCUGCCGGCCGUCAACGCUCCACGGGUGCCGCCGCCGCCAUCGCCCCAACAGGUUCCGCCGCCGUCGUCGUCAUCCAGGCAAGUGCGCGGCCGCACGUACGAAGAUGACGAUCCGGUGCAGGAGAUCGUUCAGGCGGAUGCCGAAGCCGGCACCAACGGAGGAGCGAUGGUCCUCAAGGCGCACUGCGAGUGCCCGGCCGUGGCGAGGGGCUCGUCCCGCGACAACUUCGCGGUGCUCGUGCACGUGAAGGCGCCAUCGGCGGCCGCCACCGAGGCCCCGCGCGCGCCGCUCGACCUCGUGACGGUGCUCGACGUCAGCGGCAGCAUGAUCGGUUCUAAGCUGGCGCUGCUGAAGCAGGCAAUGGGGUUCGUCAUCGACAACCUCGGAUCCGCUGACCGCCUCUCCGUUGUCACGUUCAACCACGACGCGAGGCGCCUGUUCCGUCUCGUGCGCACAUCUGACGCGGGGAAGGCCGAGGCGAAGCGAGCCGUGGAGUCCCUCUUCGCGAACGGGGGCACGGACAUCGGCAAAGGCCUCCGAGUGGCCGCCCAGGUGCUCGACCAGCGCCGGUACAAGAACGCCGUCACCAGCAUCAUGCUCCUCUCCGACGGGCAGGACUCGAACACGUACUACGGGAUGAGACAUGAUAGAAACGCUGCUAACUACAUCAACCUUGUGCCAUCUUCGCUAACCUACAGCGGCGCCGGCAACCGGCCUCCGGCGGUCCACACGUUUGGCUUCGGCGCCGACCACGACGCUGCGGCGAUGCACACAAUCGCGGAGAUGACAGCCGGGACGUUUUCCUUCAUCGAGAACGAGGCUGUCCUCCAGGACUCGUUCGCGCAGUGCCUCGGCGGGCUCCUCACGGUCGCCGUCCAGGAGGCCCGCAUCGCGAUGACGUGCCUACAUCCUGGCGUGCGCGUCCGGGAGGUCAAGUCCGGACGCUACGACAACCGCGUGGACGCCGGUGGCCGUGCGGCCUCGGUGGACGUGGGCGAGCUCUACGCCGACGAGGAGAGGCGCUUUCUGGUACUCCUGGACGUACCUGCUGCAGGAGCCGAUGAUGGCGUCACCGGCCUUAUCAAGCUGAGCUGCAAUUACAGAGACGCCGCUACGGGGCAGGCGGUCGACGUCACUGGAGACGAUGUCGUGGUCCAGAGGCCUGUUGAGGUGACCGACGAGGAGCCGUCCGUGGAGGUCGAGCGUGAGCGGCUGCGCGUGGCUGCAACUGAAGACAUGGCGGCGGCACGGGACGCGGCUGAUCGCAACGAACAUGCCGAGGGCGCAGGGAUACUGCGACGCCGGCUUGAGGCCGUCGAGCGUUCGGCGGUACGGAUGUCCGGCGGCAGUACGUUCACGGCCCUGGAGGGCGAGCUGCGUGACCUUAUCGCUCGCGUGGAAGACCGAGAUGAGUACGAGACCAGAGGACGCGCAUGCUUCCUGUCCGGGAUGAGCUCGCACAGGCAGCAGCGCGCCGGCGGCAUGCAGCUGAUGAGCCAGAGCAUACCGCUUAGUUUAGAGUUAGACAAUAGUGAUGAGGACGACGAGGAUGAAUGUGAAGAAGCUGAAGAAGACGAAGACGGAGAAGGAUUACGAGACUGUUUGCGCUCACGGACUGUGGAGUACAAACGGCCUAUCAAGCAGAGCAAAGGGUCGGCCCGGGCCUACGCGACUCCGGCAAUGGCUGCGAUGGUGAAGAGGUCGCGUGAUCAGCGUAGGAAGACGGCUGCGGCGCCACCGCAGCAGCAGCAGCAGAAGAAGAGGCAUGUCGAAAGGCAGCAGCAGCAGCCAGGAGAUCAGAGUGAGCCACGGAAACGUCACAGAAAACAUUAUUAGAUCACCACCCACUACUAUACGCAAUCUGGCGAAGCGCACGGAUUACUACUCCCUACUCUGUAGGAGUUUAUCUUAGAUAUUACUCCGUAGUUUGUAGAAGAUCGUCUUGAGCUUGUUAUCCUACAGAGUUAGUUCGUAUUUGUGUUCUAAGCAGUUAAAAUAAGGUAUUUCACUCUGAAAUUAUUGCUCUGAAUUGCUCUGAAUU